AUGGCUUUACAGAGCUUAGAAGCUGCUAGAACGAACACUGAAGUAACCCACAGGCAGUUAAUUGAGAUAUUAGCAGCUACUAGAAAUACAGCCGGUCCACCUCAUCUGGGAAUCAUCAGAACGAGUGGAGUUUGGAGAGUUUUCUCCAACAUCACCAUGCCAAAUUCAAUGGGAAGUGCCUUCUUGACGAGUUUGUGCAUUAAGUCAUUUCCUGCUAUGGUUGAGAGGGCCAAGGUAUUGGAGAAGAAUGUUCAAGAGGUAGAACAACAGAAGAAGCAACAACAACAAACGACUAGAGGACCGGUCUCCUCUAGAAACCAUUUGAUUUUGAGAAGAAAUCCUUACACUCCUCCAAUACCACCAUCUACUUUUGGUGGGUCUCAGUCACAAUCCUUGGUUGUUGCCAAUCGGUCUGGACAGCAAGGGACCGUGACUUGUUUUCAGUGUGGAGGACCACACUACCGAUCACCAUGUCCUCAGUUGGUGGGAGGAAAGUUUUGCACUCGUUGUAGAAGGAACGAACAUCUGGAGAGCGAGUGUAACAUGGGAGGACGAGCGGUGAUGAGGCCACCAAAUGCUGGAAAAAAUCAACCAAGGGGUGGUGGCCGAGCACAGGCAGUCGGUUGGGUUUAUGCUAUAACAGGCGCGGAAGCGGCAAGCUCAGGUACACUUAUCACCAGCACUUGCUUAUUGUAUGGACUACCUUGUUGUGUGUUGUAUGAUUCGGGGGCAACACACUCCUUCAUCUCGAAGGCGUGCGUUGAAAAACUGAGGUUAACUGAGAGCGAGAUGCAGUUUGACUUGGUGGUGUCAACCCCAGCGACUGGUGAGGUUAGGACAUCUACUAUGUGCAUUAGAUGUCCUAUUGAGGUGGAAGGGCGUAGAUAUAAGAUGAACCUUACCUGUUUGCAUCUAAAAGAGUUAGAGGUGAUUUUAGGAAUGGAUUGGUUGGCUGCCAAUCGCAUCCUUAUAGAUUGUGGCGAGAAGAAGUUAAUAUUUUCUGGUGAAGAAGAAGAAGAGUGUUCAGUAACGCUCGGUCAACUUAGGGAAGAUACCAUGGAGGGCGCCAACUGUUUUCUGAUAAUGACGCACACGGAUGAGGUGUUUGACGAUUUAAGUCAUGACCGAUCGUCCAGUAGAAAGCUGAGUAGAGAGCGAGCGGUUGUGGAUGAAUUUCCGGAAGUCUUUCUAGAAGAGGUACCUAGACUACCUCCCCCUCGCGAGGUAGAAUUCACAAUUGACUUGGUGUCAACUGCAGGGCCCGUCUUUAUAGUGCCAUACCAAAUGGCUCCAACUGAAUUGGCUGAGCUCAAGAACCAAAUUGAAGAUUUAAUGGACAAGCAGUUCAUUCGGCCAAGUGCAUCACCUUGGGGAGCUCCUGUGCUGCUCGUUAAGAAGAAGGAUGACAACUCUCGGCUUUGUGUUGAUUAUAAGCAGCUAAACAAGCUGACCAUCAAGAACAAGUACCCCUUGCCUCGGAUUGAUGAUCUGUUGGGUCAAUUGCAUGGGGUUGUGAUCUUUUCAAAGAUUGACUUAAGAUCAGGGUAUCAUCAGAUUUUGGUUAAGAAAUGGGAGAUUCAGAAGACUGCCUUCCGGUGUCGUUACGGACACUACGAGUAUGUAGUGAUGCCAUUCGGUGUCACUAAUGCACCAGCGGUAUUCAUGGAUUACAUGAAUCGCAUCUUCAGACCAUAUUUGGACAAGUUCGUAGUGGUCUUCAUUGAUGAUAUCCUAAUUUACUUCAAGAACCGUGAAGAACAUGAAGAACACUUGAGGAUAGUGCUUAGUGUAUUAAGAGAAAAGAAGUUGUAUGCUAAGCUAUCUAAGUGUGAAUUUUGGAUGAAAGAAAUGCGAUUUUUAGGGCACGUAGUUUUGGCUAGAGGUAUCUCUGUGGAUCCAGCUAAAGUAGGAGCGAUAUUGGAAUAA